UUGCAAGCAAUUUAUUUGUUUUCGGAAUCUAAUCCUCACAGCCCUUUUCUUUCAUUCCCCAAUACGACAUUACUCCAUUACACCAAAACUACAAAAUCGCAAAACAACAAAGUAGAAUAGCAAAAUAUAACGUCUUGCAGUUGAUUGAUCCCCAAACUUUUCACACUUCCAUUCAUUUAUUCAUUCUUUCAUAUAUUCCUAAUGCGUGUCAUCACUGUCCCUGUCCUUGAAGACAACUAUUCAUACAUCAUCCUCGAUGAAAAGACAUCAGAAGCAGCUGUGGUUGAUCCUGUCGAACCACAAAAACUUAUGCAUAUUCUUCAGCAUCUGGGCGCGAAACUGACCUCAGUUCUCUGCACACAUCACCACUGGGACCAUGCAGGAGGUAAUGUGGAGCUGAUCGCAAAAAAGCCUGGUCUUGCUGUUUAUGGCGCUGAUGCCCGCAUUCCUGAGAUCAACUAUGUGGUCAAGGAUAAGGAGGAGUUCAAAAUUGGAAACGUGACCAUUCAGGCGCUCUGGACCCACUGUCAUACAAAGGGUAGUAUCAGUUAUUAUGCAAAGGAUGGUACCGAUAGAGCCGUAUUCACAGGUGACACCCUCUUCUUGAGUGGUUGUGGACGCUUCUUUGAGGGCACUGCUGCAGACAUGUACAACAGUUUAUUGCACAUUCUUGCAACGCUUCCUGUGGAGACAAAAGUCUAUUGUGGGCAUGAAUACACCAAGGCAAACCUCCAGUUUGCACACCAUGUGGAGCCAGAUAACCCUCAUGUUACUCAAAAGUUGCAAUGGUGCAUGGAUGAUAAUGUUAAAAUCACUAUUCCUGGUACUAUUGGCGAAGAACUAUUGUGCAAUCCAUUCCUACGCGUCAAUGAGCCUUCCUUGCAGGCAUUUACUGGCAAGAGUGAUCCUAUUGAUGUAAUGCAUGUCCUUCGAGAGUUGAAGAACAGCUUUUAGCUCUUGGAAAAAUAGAUAAAUAAACAAAUAAAAGUAAUAGAGAAUAUAGUGGCAAAGCU